AUCAAAGGAGCCUCUUCCUCCUAUAUUGAGCCCUUAUGAUUCUGAUAGUUCUCUGGAUCCUGACACUUUGCUACCAAAGUACAUGGAAUUGCAGACUCAGCUAUAUAAUCUUCAACCUGAAAUCUUUGAUAGGCCUAGGAAAGGGAAAAAGCCUACUCGUGAAAAUACUGCGCUUGAGACCAACGAACCCCGAGUAGCGAAGAUUCGCCGAAAGAUUGCCAGCAUUGAAAAUGAUGUCCUUUUCGACCGCACGGAAGCUGAGUACCGGUGGAAAGAGAAACUCGAUGAUCUAAGAAAGGAGGCGGCUUUUUUUAGGCAGAAUCCGCCCGCCGAGCAAACUUCCCUCGACGAGCCUGGAGCCAAAGAUCAGCCAGAGGAAAAGGUGGCGGAACCCAAGUCCGACGUGCAGCCGGUCGAUGACGAGGAGAUUGCGGAUCUCUUAGGGGGCAUGUUCCAAGCCGAGGAGCCAGCUUUGGAGACAGGUGUUAUUCUUGAAGAGUUGAACAAAGCCUCUAUCACGAUCCGUGACUUCGGUAAAUGGACUGGACUUAGCCCGCGACGAGUUUUGGAAGAUACAUGCAAGGCAAGGGAUACCAGCUGUGCAAUUAUUUUCAAGGACUUCUCUUCUGCACCACACUCGAACAGAAAAGCGGUAGAGGUGAGGUGGUCCAAACCACAGGAUGUACCAUUUCUGUUUGAAUGGGACAAAGUCACACACAAAUCUAGCGCUUAUGCCACCUUUGUCUCCAUGGACACGAUAGCAACACCAACUACACAGCAAGCGGAGGCAUUUGUCUCGAUGCUUGCUCUUUUUAUCCUGUUCCCACAGAAUUCGAAAGAGGGCAAGGCUUAUCUGCGGCUUCCAGCAGUGUGGAGGGAGCUCUGGACAGAGUUCGCGAGUGCGAAAAAACUCCAAGAAGAUGAGAUUGAUAAGAAGACAAUAAAGCACCUGAAGAAGCUGAUACAGGAGAAUCAAGGUAACUCUGAAGAUGAUGUGGUGCUAUCAGAUAAUUUUCGGAGAAGAAAUGGGACCUCUAGCAAGCCAGAGUCUCCAGCCAGGUUAUCCAAUGCAAGGGAAUCUUCAGGCCCUGAGUCUCAGUUGCAAAGGAUUUGGAUGGAGAAGUCAUCGACUCCUUCUUUCAAUCAUAUGAUACAAGGCAGGAUGAAUCUUCCAAUUUGGGCUUUCAAAAAUGAUAUACUUAACACUCUUGAUACCCACCGUGCGCUCAUCAUUUGUAGUGAGACCGGUAGCGGAAAAAGCACGCAGAUACCUUCAUUCAUCCUUGAGCAUGAGAUGACACAGGGCCGUCCUUGUAAAAUUUAUGUGACGGAGCCCCGAAGGAUCUCUGCUAUAUCAUUAGCGCGAAGGGUUAGUGAAGAAUUAGGAGAAAGCAAAAAUGAUGUUGGGACAGCACGCUCGCUCAUUGGGUUUGCUGUCAGGUUAGAGAGUAAAGUCAACCCGUCGACAAGACUAGUAUUUGCGUAGGUUCUCCGUCUGCAACUCGUUUCUGGAGUUUAUACUGACCCGAGUUAGGACAACUGGUGUUGUGGUGCGUAUGCUGGAACGCCCAGACGAUUUCCAAGAUAUCACGCAUGUCGUCCUUGAUGAGGUUCACGAGCGUUCUAUCGACAGCGACUUCCUUCUCAUAGUCCUUCGUCGACUAAUGCAGAGGCGUCCUGAUCUAAAAUUGAUAUUAAUGUCGGCUACCCUUGAAGCUCAAAGGUUCUCUAACUACCUCGGUGGUGUGCCUGUCCUUAAUAUCCCGGGACGAACUUUCCCUGUGGAAAUGAAGUUCUUAGAGGAUGCUGUGGAGAUGACCAAUUACCGACUGUCAGAGAAUGAUUCGAAUGCUAAUCUCGAUGAAGACACCGACGAGAUGGCGCCAGAGAAUUCCGAAGGUGAUACCACAGGAGGCAUGCUAGCGUCCCUUGAAGGUUAUUCUAAACAGACCAG